UAUAUUGAUGAAUUCCUCUUUAAUCCACAAUGUUAAUGGAUUAGAUAGAUUAUAAAUGUGCAAUAGUAAAGACUUGCUUACUCAAUUUGAAGAGGGCGGUAUUUAAAAUUCUAAUUUCAAGAAAAAGUAUUACUCUCUUCAAACAUCAUCAAAGUGAACUAAAACAAUAAGAAACAGGAAAGGAUAUUCCUACUAACAAAUAGAUUUGUAUAUAAUAUUAAAUCGGAUAGCAAAAUAUUAUAAUUUUUUGGUAACAACAUUAUUUAAUCUUGAGGUAAAUCAAUUAAAAUUCAAAGGAAAAUCCGUAUUCAAUUGAUAACUGCUAUUAGUGUUAGCAACAUUGGUACGGAAUUCGUAUUGCAUAUACCAUAAGAAUACGAUUAUAGAUUCUAAUCAAGCGAUUUGUAAAUUCUUCUUCAUAAAUUAGUCGCAAAACCAUUCUUGAAACACUCAUUAUUGUCUAUAGUUCACUAACAAUGUCAAAGAUGCCCUUCUUCUUUAAAGAUGAUUUCACUUUGAUCUAAUACUGCACAACCGAAAAAGAUGUUAAAAAAGGGAUCAAAAGAUACCCAAUUGAAAAACCCAUUGUAAUUUUAUUCAAUCUAUUUAGGAACUUGAUGUUGUUGAAUUCUAAGAUUAUUAAAAGAAUAAACCUGUACCAUAACAAUUAAUUUAUAAAAAACCUGGACUGUAAAAAUAAUAUAGUACUACUCUUAUAUCUAUUGAACAGUUUGAUUUAAUCAAAGUACUUGGCAGAGGAGCAUUUGGGAAGGUAUUUUUAAAUUUAAUCUAAAUAUAGGUUAUGAUGUGUGAGAAAAAAGAUACAAAAGAAUUAUUUGCUAUUAAAUCUUUAAGGAAAGAGCACAUUUUGGAUAAGAAUCAAGUUGAACAUACAAAGGCAGAGAGAAAAUUGUUAGAGGAAAUAGAGCAUCCGUUUUUGAUAUCCUUGGAAUAUGCCUUCUAAACAGCUGAGAAACUAUUUUUCGUUAUGAAGUUUAUGAGGUAUUAUUAAAAUUAAAUUUCAAAAUAGAGGGGGUGAAUUGUUUAAGCAUUUGAGAGAUAAAAAAAGAUUUCCUGAAGCUACUGCAUAGUUUUAUGCUGCAUCCAUUUUGCUGGCCAUAGAACAUUUACACUCAAUAUCAGUGAUCUAUAGAGAUCUAAAACCUGAAAAUAUUCUAAUGGAUGAAUUUGGAUACAUCAAAAUGAGUGAUUAUGGAUUAGCUAAAUUUUUAAAAUAAGGUGAAAAAACAUUCUCUUUUGUUGGAACACCAGAAUAUUUGGCUCCAGAAAUUAUUAGAUAAAAUGGACAUAGUUUUGAAGUAGAUUGGUGGUCUUUUGGAAUUUUAAUGUACAAUAAAUAGCUUACAUAGAUAUGAAAUGUUGGUUGGAAGACCUCCUUUUUUUUCAUAAAGUCAAUCCUUAUUAUUUAGAGCAAUUAUAGAAUCAGAUAUAGUAUUUCCAUAAUAGUUAAGUUUAAGUAACCAUGCUAAAGAUCUGAUUACUAAAGUAAAGAUAUAAUAGGAUUUUAGCUUUUAAAAAAAAACCCAGUUGAAAGGUUGGGACACAAUGGAGGCGGAGCAACCAUUAAGAUGCAUCCUUGGUUUAAAGAUUUUAAAUUUUAAGAUCUAUUAGAAAAAAAGAUAUAACCUCCUAUUAUUCCUAAGUUGUAUGAUAAAUUAGACGUGUAAAAUUUUGAUUUAGAAUUUACAAGAGAGGGUAAAAGGAAUUGCUAUAAUAAAUUUAGAAGCCAUGAAUUCCGUAGUAAAUAUCGAUCCAAAAUUGGUUGAGAAAUUUAAAGAGGAUUUUGGAGGAGUGACCUAUGUUCCGAAUAAUGUUUUAAGUUGA